AUGAACGACGAGACGAAGUGUCACACGCCGUUUUGUCCUAAAGACUGCUCUGUAGUUCAUCAUGAUUUGAUCAAAGCCUUGUGCAUUGAGAGGAACCGCAGAGAAACCUCUAGCCGCUUUUCUUCCAAGUCCCACGUUUUGCUACGACAGUGCGUUCAUUCGUACGAACAAAAUGGUUGGGAUCGAAACAGCGCCGUGCCAGAUUCAUUACCAGAUCUAAGACACCCACUGCUAUAUUUAACCUGUGCAUUCGGGAAACAUCGAGUUCUAGAGACACUGGUGAAGCUAGAUUUUAACCCUGCUGUUGUUACUAAGGAUGGGGCAAACGGACUUCAUGCCUUGGUCGACCAUUUUUAUCGAGUGGGUAACAUGAAACAAUGUGGUGGGUUCAUGGCGAUUGAUAAGAGACUGGAAGUGUUUGAAAACGUGGUGAGUAUUCUCUGCUCCCGUGACCCUAAUAUCUUCUCUACCAGAGAGAACAUUCAAGGACGUACUCCUUUGCACAUGGCUGCCGAAAGUGUAGUCUGUACUAGUAGACAUGCCAGAGUGGAUGGAAGAUGCGAUCCCUUGAAAAGGACUAGAUACUUUCAACGCUGUUUGGAAGUCAUGCUGGGUCACAUUCUUGAACUUAGAAGUAACUCUCUGCUGACGGAUUCUCAAGUGAUGAAUACUAUUUCAAGUCAGGAUAACGAGGGUAACACUAUUUUACACAUCCUGGCAAAGAGCCGUACCCUCCCGGGCUGGGAAUCCAUUCAAUAUCUCCUGAAAAAUUUCGCAGAUAGCGAAUUCCCUCAGAAAAGGAAUAAGGACUCCAAAACGGCAUUCGACAUACUUUCACAGUUCAACGGAUUUAUGGCGAAGAGGUUGUUUCACCCCAAUGAUGUGGAGAUGAUAAUGGAACAAGGUAAUUGAUGAAUUUGUAUGAAUAGAAUGUUAGGUUAUUACUUAACAGUAACUAUAACUGUAAUUUGCUCGCCACUUCUAGAUAUCUUUUUUUCCCAAUCAAGAUGACCUUUCAACUAACCAUGCUCCCCUAUGAACUUUGAAAGUUGGCCGGUGUGAACGAAAAAACGAAAAAUUGAAACCACAGGAAAAAGAGAGAAAACAAAAGGAAAAACCAGAUCUCAUAUGGAGAAAUCAAGAAUAUCUGUUGAUCAUUUUAAAAAUUCAGUUCAUUACUUGAUAAUUCUACAGGCAUGAGGUGUUAGGUCCUCCUAAUCCCCUGCAAUCCAGCCAUUUAAUCUUUUUCCCAGUCAUUCAUGCUAUAAUAAAUAGUCUAGGACACCAAGAGACCUACAGUUGUAUGGUAAACCAUUCCUGAGAAUAAGAUUCUGGGCUGGGCAAAACUUCACAAUUUGAUUCAGUAGAUUGGUUUUCCAAUCUGAAUUAAAAAGUGGCAAAGCAAUUUCUUCAGCUGUUAUUUAACAUUUUAUUACAAGGACUUUGUCCCCAAGUUGUAACUUAAACUAUGAAAAACAAUUGUAAAACAUUUCUUUUUACAGAUGUCAAUGGCAGUUCCUCACCUACAAACUGUGAUCCUUUACUGAGCCUUGAAGCCUCAGGUCUCACCAGGAUUACAACAUCACCAUCCUUUACUAAUGACAUUACUGUCCAAGCUGUGUGGAGUAAGGCCCCUCAAGCAUCUGGAUCUCCAUCCAAAGGAAUGCAGAAAGUCACUCCAGUUAGGUCACUAGAGUCUGUUGUUCUUUCAUUACGCAAUACGGCAAAAUCUUCAGCCACUCCAGCUGGAAAGAGUCACACAGGAAGCCCAAGUUCCCCUACCCAAAAUGAGCUCUCUGUGCUUUCACCAAAUCCCUUCUUGGUUAAUGAAAAGUCCAAAGAUCCUGUGGGCUUGGAAUUGGGGUCAGACUUUGGAGAGGAAAAUUCAUCAGGUUUUGUUGACAAUGAAACAAUUUCACCUGGAUCAGGUGAGGUGCCAUCCCAAAUAUCUGGAAAUGCUGUGGAGGACUUUCCAGCAAGACGUUUCUCUGGUGAUGAACCAUACCCUGUUUUCUUGCCAAAUUUUUCACAAUCUGAAGUGGAGUGCAGUGAAUCCGACAUAGAAAAACAGGGGGUUAGAGAUACAUUUUCCUCAUGUUGUCCACCUUCGUCACAUCAAACCAAUGUAGAACUGGAGAAUUCUGUUGGUAUGUCACCCUCAACUCCAGAUUCUUGGAUGCUAAGCAGUGAGAGGGAAGCCACUGCUUCUUCCAGCACAUCUUGUGUAGCAUCACUGGCUGGUUCUAGUCAGCAGUCACCACCACACAAACAUUUAGACUCUACUACAACAACUAAACAGAAUGGUCAAGUCACAGCUGAUAGUGCAGAAGACAAACGGCCAGUUGGAACUGCAUCUUCCUCAGGGGAUAGUGCCUUUUUUGACUUUCUCUUGACACAAGGAAGUGAUUUUAACCCAUCAAUGAAAUUGCAGAUUGUGGAAUUGAUUAAGGGCGAGUUUGGAAAAAAGAUGACAGGCUUUAAUAUGGAGAUCUUCAAGGUGGAAACUGAGAAGAAAAAUUUGGAGUCAGAAAUUCAGAACUCCAAACUGAAGUUGCAACAAAAAGAGGAAGAGAGACGCAGAUUGUUUGCAGAUAUCGAAAAACUUCAGAGGAACAUUGUGCAAGCAACAGAAAAACACAAAGUACUGUCAGAGAAAUCCUUGAAACUGAAAGAAGAUUCGGAAGUUGUAAAGCGAAAGAUUUCCUCCUGUGAAGAAGUAGAGAAGGAACUUUUUGGUACCCCUGCUAAGAUGCAAAAGUUUUUGGAUAGUAAAUAAUAGAUGGAUAAAUUUUGUCAUCAAAAACAAAGAAUACAGUGGAGAGGCAAACUUACUUUGUUAUCACAUCAGCUUCAAAAUUUAUUCUUCUUGGGGUGAGAGAGGAAAUCUUUAGAAUUUUUUCAUAGUAAUUGAUCAAUAUUGUCAAUGUAGCAGCUAUUUCUAUGGACACUGAUUCAAAAAAAUGCUCAAUCAUGUUUUUCCUUUUGCAUUCCUUGGUAAAAAUCAACAUUGAGGUGUAAGAUUUCUUCUCAAAACAAAAAUUUAAGCAAGCUAGCCCAAUUUUCUGUUAGUUGUGAGAGGAGAUCUGAUGUGUUCACCAGGUUCAUUUAAAGUCUUUCCCUUGUUUUUACUCUGACAAAAAAAAAGCUUCUUGAGUUAGGAUUAGAUAAGUGUAUGGGUCAGCAAUUUCAAGUUAAACUCUCAAGGGUCAAGUAUAUUAUGUAUCAGCUAUUCCCCCUUGACUCUUGAUCUUGUAAUUGCAGAAGGGAGGACACCUUUUUUCCUUUUCUACUGUAACCAAAAUUAAUCUUGCCUUCAAAGUAUUUAACAAUUUAAAUUACAAAGAGUAGCUUUAAUCCUAUGUUGAACUUUGGGCACCUAACAUUUUGAAGAUCAACAUGAUUCAUUUGUCUUAAUGCUUGUACUAGUGAUGUUAUGGCUCAUAAGUUGAUAUUGACUAUUUAUGGUAUACUUUUGAUUAUAUUUGAAAAGAGUGAAGCUGAUCAUAAAUGAAUUAUCUUUAUUUGCUGUGUAACCCUUUAACCCCUAAGAGUGACUAUCAUCUAAUUUCUCCUUACAAUAUCACCCUUAAAUCACACUUAAAGGUUAUGAGAAUUAAAGAAGUGAUCACCAACUAAGCAAGCUCUUGAUUGUUAGUCAAAUUCUCCUUGUCAGCACCUUAAGAAAUUUGUUAAGAACAGUAUGGAGAAUAUGCAUACUGACCUUAGGGUGUAAAGGGUUAACAUGGCUAACAUAUAUUUAUACAAAAAGCCUAUUUACAUCUACAGACAUAAUAUAUAAACGUUUGUAUAUUUUUAUUGUUACAGAUAUAAAUAACUUCAAACAAGAAGACAUUUUUCCCAGUUUGUUAUCUGCACAGUUUGGGUUUAUACAGGAAGAGUAAAUUGCAAAACAGUGGCAAGAACUCGUUGAGUUACUGUUAUUUCGUAGCACACCAUAGAAAUUAUUCAUAGAAUUACAGUAGGACACAGCCUAAAGAAGUUCUUCCUUCCCUAGAGAACUAUGGUUAGACCU